AUGGUUUUGGAAAUUCACGCAAGCGCAACUAAGGAUGAUAUCCGCAAGGCUUACCGCAAGGCGGCUUUGACCAACCACCCUGACAAGGUUCCCGAAGCUGAGCGCGAGGAAGCUUCAGUCCGAUUCAAGACCGUCCAGGAAGCCUACGAUAUUCUCUACGAUGACGACAAGCGCCACCUUUACGACACUCACGGCAUGUCCGCCUUCAACGGCUCCGGCGAACCUGGAAUGGCAGGCGCCCCCGAUCUCGAUGAUAUCCUUGCACAGAUGUUUGGCGGCGGAAUGGGAGGAAUGGGCGGUAUGCCUGGUAUGGGAGGCAUGGGUGGUAUGCCCGGUGGUCACCCUAACCGGCCCCGCAAGAGUCGCAACGAGGAACAGGACUAUGAAGUCAGCCUGGAGGAUCUCUACAAGGGCAAGACCGUUCGAUUCACCAGCACCAAGAACGUCAUUUGCGGACAUUGCAAGGGCAAGGGCGGAAAGGAGAAGGCUACCGCUAAAAAGUGCUCGACUUGUGAUGGCCAUGGAGCCAGGGAGAUUUUGCAGCAGAUGGGUGGUUUCUUGACCCAGCAGACUGUGACCUGUACCACUUGCAAGGGUCAGGGUCAUUACUUCAGCCCUAAGGACAAGUGCAAGAAGUGCAAGGGUGAGCGCGUCAACGAGGAGAAGAAGAUGCUGGAACUUUACAUUCCUCGUGGCACGAAGCAAGGAGACAAGAUUAUUCUCGAGGGCGAGACCGACCAGGUGCCCGACCAGGAACCCGGCGACAUUAUUUUCAAGAUUGUCGAGGAAGAGCACCCCGUGUUCGCUCGUGCUGGCUCCGAUCUCCAGGCAACCAUCGAGAUCACUUUGGCCGAAGCCCUGAGCGGUCUUUCGCGCGUUGUGAUCAAGCAUCUUGAUGGUCGUGGUAUUGAAAUCCACCACCCCCAGAUCCCUGGCGAGGUCCUUUCUCCUGGACAGGUUCUCAAGGUUCCCGGAGAGGGUAUGCCCCUGAACCGCAGUGAUGCUCGUGGCGAUCUCUACUUGGUCGUCGAUGUCAAGUUCCCCGGCGCUGACUGGAAGCCCACUCCUGCGGUGCUCGAGAAGCUCAAGGAAAUCCUGCCCAAGCCCGCAAAGCCUAUCCCUGCUGAACACAUUGACGAGGUUGAAUAUGACCCCAAGGCCAACAUUGAAGAGUUCGGCGCUAAGGAUGGACACGCAUGGGAGGACGAGGACGAAGAUGACGAACCGGCGCAGUGCGCUACUCAGUAG